AUGUCCGUGGCAGACCUUCCUCUUGAUGGCCUUCGCAAGGCGUUUACACUUGACAAAGAGCCUCAAGACUUUGAGCUCGUCAAGAAGUUGGGUGAGUCGCGCUGGCUUGCGCGUCGACACGCUGAUGGCGAGAUAUUCGUCGCGCGGCGGAUCAACGACUUUGACGAGUAUUACAAGUCGCAACACCAAAAUCCCGGCUUCUUGACGACCAAGCAGCGCCAUGCCAAGGGCCUCCUGGACCUCGUCUACGAACUCAACUUUGGCCGGCAGAUUUCACACAUUUUCAACCACGAGAACAUUGUCUCGCUAGCCGGCUACCUGCGCCAGAAGCCGCUCAACGCCAAACCCUUUAGCGAUGUCGAAGCGACAGAGGACUAUCUCGUCUGGGACAACUGCGAUGCCGGGAACCUCGAGGCUCUCCUCGUCGACAAGAACCCCCAGGUGAAGAACCGCAGGGUCUUCAUGCCCGAGUCACUCUGCUGGCACGUCCUCACGUCGGUCAUGCGUGCCCUCGCCUGGGCGCACGAUGGGUACCGUCACGACGUGGACUGGAAGGCGGGCACGCACAUGUGGACCAAAACGGACACGGACUGGAUGCCUAUCCUACACCGCGCCAUCACCCCGGCGUCCAUCCUGUUCCAGAACCCGCGCGGCGCCGAGUUGUACGGGCAGUGCAAGCUCGGCCACUGGGGCCAGGCAUUCGUCUCGGGCCAUCCGGCAUCGCGGCACGACAAGGGCGCCCGGGGUGAGCCCACCAUAAGCAAUGCGUUUGGGCAGAUCAUGGCACCGCACGCGGAGCCGAGCCAUCUCGAAGCAACGCGCGAGGUCAGCCUCGUCGAGAUGCGAAAGUCGAUGGACAAGUACACCCGUGAUGGCCAAAAGAAUCAUCGCAUGUACACCCUCAGUGACGAGCACUGGGCCCUCGGCGCCGUCCUGUACCGCAUGAUGACAGCCCGGGAGCUCCCGAGCCGCGAUCCCUGCGCCGGGUGCGCCGCGGGGUGCGUCCAUGUCACGGCCUGCGCCGACACGUACUGCCUCCUCGAGGAGGCCGAGUCGGACCAGCUCGACCGCUGGGGCGACCUCGACCUCGACAAGACGUGUAGGUGCGAUUACGGCGGGUGCGAGCACGUGCGCGAGGUCAUCAAGAUGUCCCAGUGCACGCAUCCCAAGUGGGGGCCGCCAUGCGUGUGCGCAGUCAAGUGCGGCACCAAGACUGUGAACAUUGACGACGUCCUCGCGCAGAUGGACUACUCGAAGGGUCUGCUCAAGGCGGUCCGCCUGCUCUUUGACUGGGACUGGAAGUUCUCGGCGAGGGGCUCGGUGGAGCUGUGCGGCAAGAUUGACAGCUUGUAUGCGAGCUGGAAGACGGACACGGGGGAGGGGCGGGAGUACGUCGACGUGCGCGAUGAUGCGAGGAGGCGGUUCUUGGUGCUGAACGGGCUGGAUCAGACUGAGGAAAAGAUGGAGGAUGACGACAGUGACUCUGCUUCGGAGGCUUCGACUUGA